AGACUACGGCUAUUCGGUGGUUGAGAAAUAUAAUUUGGGAAGAUGGCUGCGAACGAUAUUCAGCUGGAAGCUGUUCAGAUAGAUUUUAGAAAUGAAUUACUGAGUUCAUCAGAAUUAUUUCCAGGACUGACUCGAAGUCAUAAGAUUCCUGUAAGGGGACAAAAAGAGUUUUUACCAAACAACUCUGUGCAGCAAAAGGCAUGUCUGCAGAAAACCCUUGAUGACCACUGGAUGCUUGUGAUGGAGGAACGAGUAGAGCGAGUUGGGAACCUCGUGAAUGCAGAAUGGAUCCCUGAGGAAAAGCUAGUGAAGCUGCGGUCUCCAGCAGGAAAAUUUUGGCAGACAAUGGGAUUUUCUGAUCAAGGGAAGCAGUGCUUGUUUCCAGAGGAGGCUCUUUACCUCAUGGAAUGUGGCAAUGUGCAAGUGUUCUACCAGGAUCUUCCUCUCUCUAUCCAGGAGGGUUAUGAAUGUUUCCUUUCUGCUGAAACUGUGACUUUCCUUCAGUACCAGGUGUUUAGUCAUUUAAAGAGACUGGGAUAUGUGGUAAACAGAUUUGAUAUGAGGAAACCAAGCAAGUCACUGAAGAGGAAAUGGAGUCAGAGUUCCGGUUUUAGACUGUGUAAUAAGAAAAGUACUGCAUGGCCAGAGGUAUCUGCUGGACAAUAUGAACAUAUUAAGACCAGUGUUCCAUACAGCAACUUGGAAGAUCCAGGCCAACUGCAAACGCAAGCCUUUCAGGAUGAUUCAUUGAAGUAUGAUCCAGAAUCGGACAGAGCUCCAGGGAGGAACUGGUGGACAAAUACGUCAAGCCAACCCCAGCCUGAUUCAUUCCAGCCUUCAGUACGAUACUGGGAUUUUAGCUGCAUCUUUUUUCCAGACCUGGGCUCAUAUAGUGGCAAUGCUUGCCUGCCCCCUCCUGAUCCCAGCUUGCUCCCUGGUGCUCUGCAGGUACCUGAGUGCCACAUGGCUCACUGGUACAGAAAAAUCAAUUUGAUGGAGGAACGUCAGUCCAAGCAAAAAUGGCAGAGGGAGCAAAACCAACACCAAUGCAACAGUAAUGAUGGCCAAGGAGUAUGUCAGUGCAGGAACUGGGUCGAGUAUUCAGAACUGGUGGAGAAAAAGUGGAGCCAGCAGCACAAUGAAAUGUCCACACACCUCAGGGAACUGGAGGUUAUGCCUCUUGCUCGGCCCGAAAAGUGUAGUUCACACUGUGAGCUUCUGGAGCAAGUGAAGAUUAUUCAGUCUUGUGAUUUGCUGGUAGGAAACUCAAGGUUACCUGGCUCCGACCAGUGGAGGAUCAUUUUCAAUGUUUACCAGCCUGACACGGAGUUUAAGAAGAGUUGCCCAGGAAAGCCCUAUACCCGCUUGUGUGUUUGCAGUUUUGAUGGUCUUGUGCCAACCUUGCAUGUCUUGAAGCAGCUGUCCUUCCAAAGUGGAGAUGUGUCUGUGACGUUUGCAGUGGUGGAUCAUGGAGACAUUUCCUUCUACUGCUUCAAGGCGUUUAAGCUGCCCACUGAUGUUUAUUGACGGGGCUUAAGAUGCAUACUUCUAAGUCAAUGGAUAACAGCACAAAACCAGUUGUAACCAACAAAGUUGUCAUACCAGUUAGGGCAUUUUCAUAUAAUUAAAAUUCAUGGCAAUUCCUAAUGUUUAUUAAAAUAAGACACUGCAGUGUAUUCAGUGUAUAAGCAUGUCAAAUACUGUAACUGCACUUGUAAUGUUCAAAUAAGGUAAACAAAGUCCUCAUUCUUUUGCACAUUUAGAAAAGGGCAGAUCUGUAGGCUUUUUUUUUAUGUAAUGUUAUUUUAAACAUUCAAUAUACCUGUAAUAAAGGUAUUUUAUGAUAUGUCACAAGAGGACGGAUCAUGGGUUGAAUGUACAAAUUUGGGUUAUACAAAUCAGUCAUUGUAAUCCCACCCAAAAUGCAAGGGCAUGUUCCACUUCUCAGUUUAAUUGAUAAGAUCAUGAAAGUUAUGAUUUUUUGUGUCUUUUAAUUAAGACAUCAGGUAAUUAAUUUCAAAGAAGUUAAUCAUUUUGAUCCUAAGUUUUACUUGUAUAAAACACACUAGACUGUUAUUUUAACUUUAGUUAAAAUAAAAAUGACAUGCUUAUACAUUGUAUUAUUUACUGGUUGUUUCAAAUGCAUUAAGAAGGCAAGAAAUUGCACUAAUUAAAUUUGGUGAGGCACAUCUGUUAAUUGAAAAGCAUUCCAGGCGAUGACCUCACCAAGCUUGUUAAGAUGAUGCCAAUAGAACAUGGUACCAGUCAAAGUUUGUAGCAUUUCACAUACCUUCUGAAAUCAACUGCUCUCACAAUUUUUGGAGGAAUUUCACAAAACUUGACAGGAUUCUUUGUUACAUGUCGGUAAUACACGUUGCAAUUUCGUUCAAUUCAGUCACAUUUUACCAGAGUUAUGGCCUUAAAGCAUGGACGGUGGCGGCUCCUGAAUUUUUUUUCAGGGGGGCAAUUUUCCCCCCGUUAUGUCUACACGGACCAUAAAUGUCCACGGGACUGAAGUAAAUUGACCUAGGUAGUAAAUCAAUUGGCCGAACUUGUUUUUGCCUGGUAAAUUCAGAUGUCAAUAUAGACAAUAUCUCUUCUCUCCACUAGGUGGCAACACUGAACAAGUUAAAGGUGGCAAACUAGCCUAGUAAACUAGACCCACCCGCCUAGCGGCCAAAAAUAUUUUUGCCUACGAGUGGCAAAUAUUCACAUUUAGUCUGGCUUGCCAGGCUAAAACUAAGGAAGAUUCAUUGUGAAGCAUUCAAAGCAAAACAUUUGGCAUCACAAUCAAUUAAUAUUACAUUACUCAUUUUUUCUCAUAUUUUUCCAGUAUUCUAUAAUAAGUAGACACAUUCUUAAUUAUAAACAUAUUCUAAUUUCUUCAUUCUAAAGAAUGCAAUUAAAGUGGCAGGAUAUAAAUCCAAAACAAGUGUUUAUUUAAGUUUUGAAAAAGAUGAAGAAAAGCAUAACCAUCAAACAAACAUGUGCAGCUUAAUUAUGUGGGGUUUUUUUUUAUAUGGAAUUGCACCAUUUUAACAACAAAUAAUAAUUCUAAAUAAAUUCUGCAGUUUUUUUUCCCAAGAAUUCCUCCAGAAAGCCAUGCCUUAAAAGGAAAUUUAAAGUAUUACAAGCAUGUCAAUGAACACAAAAGGCUUUAGUUAUUUAGCUAUAUACACACAAGGUUUUGUAGUCAGUGCAACUUGGCUUAACAAGUUGGAAAAAAAAGGUAAGGUGCUGCUGGCUCCAGUGAACACAUACUGUACAAUAUAUAAAAACUGAAAAUAUGCUUAAUUUACACCAAGUUAGAGAGAACUUGAGGCUACUGAAAUAUUCCAAGCAUGGCAAUGUUAAACUGCCAUUGGUAACACACACACAGACACACACACACACAAAAAAAAAAAAAAAACUUUUGCCUAGUAAAUUGAAAUAUCAGAUAUCACUGUACCGUCUGCUGUGCUACUUCCAGGGUGGAAGAGAACACAAGGGUAGCAAAAAAGAGCACUGACUACAUCACAGCCAGCUAGCCAAGUUUUCUGGUGGUACCAGUUCUUGUUAAAACCUCUUGAGUAGGUCUUCUCCCCCUUCGUAGACACUUGCUUGAUGUUUAAAUUCGGUCUAGGAGGUCCUAGCUGUUUGAUUGCCGUUUUCUCCUCAUUGGUACGACAACUAAAGGGAACUUCUUUCAGAGACGCUAUCGUAUUGUUGCACUCAACACUCGCCGCCAUCUUCUUCAUAGAAUGUUCACACAUUUCCCGCGCAAGUUGCGUUUUCCAGCCCAAAAUUAUGUUCAAAACCCGCUAAAAUGCACUUAAAAACGCCCAAUCUGGCAACACUUGCGUGGCGCAACAGGCGUAUGACGUAAGCACGCUGCUUGUGCGAGCACAUAAAACCCAAUAGAAAAUGCAUUGGGAGCAUGAUUUUCGAAAAAAACGUACGUACCAUUAGUGUCAAUGGGAGAUUUUGGGGCAAAUCUGAACCUGACCGAAAUCGCCCCAAAAGGGCGUGGCUACACCAGGCGCGACUUUAGCCUGAUUGGACAAUGACAUUACUGUUGCCAUGGUAGUAGGAGUAGAUUAAAAAAAAAAUCUCCCUCCCUGUUUGGGAGUGCGUCGCCCAAAUCGCCCCUAUUAACGAGCCACCAGUGAGCAUGGAUAUAGUUGCCAGUGGGGGAUAUUGUGCUCUUAGAGCACUCUUGUUUCUAUUACUCCCCUAACAGUAGAAAUGGACAUUUUCAGGUCAGUGGCUAUUUUUUAUAAUUAUACCUUGACUUAAAAGGGUCAACACACUUCUCCCUCAUUUGAUUUGUGUGCUCUCUUAUCUUUCCCAUGUUGAUGGAUGAUGAAGGGGAUUUGGCCCCUGUCUCCUCAUAUUUGUACCUCAGUUAAUCAGGAAGUCAUGAAUUACAGCUUGAAAGUUCUGACACACGCCAGUCCACUCAAAAUGUACAAUUUAAACAGGAAACAUGCUUCAGUUACAUUGUAUUCACUAUAAUUUCCAGGGGUGCCAAUAAGAGUGGCACAUUUUUGUUUAAAAUAAUUCUCUUUUUAUGAAGGAUUUGUUUUUCUCUGAAUAAAAUUUUCAAUUAAA